AGCAAGUGCCAUGAUUCAUUCCUGUUUGGAACACGAAAGAAAGUCUUUUUCGGGCUGAAGAAAACCUAAAUUGUAUUCUUUUAUUUGACAAGAUUAAUUUUGCUACGGCGAGACGCCAUCCCGCUAAAGAGAAGAAUAGUGAAAGAAGGCAACAUCAUGGCAACUAAUUUAAGCCUACAAAAUGAUGAGAUAGAAGCCUUAUCAGCAAUAUAUGGUACAGAUUUCCAUACUGAGAGUGCAGAACAUAGGACAUAUAGCAUUGAUAUUGCAGAAGGGGUCAACACAGCUCUUUUACAGGUGACCAUGCCUCCGGAAUAUCCAGGGGAAUCCCCUCCCAUGUACAUGCUCAGUGCCCCGUGGUUGAAGGGAAUGAAACGACAGGAGCUGUGUGGAUACCUGGAAGAAAUAUAUUUAGAAAAUGCUGGAGAAAGUAUUGCCUAUAUGUGGGUGGAGAAAAUACGAGAAUUCAUGACAGAACAAGCUGCACAAGAACUUGUGGUUGAAGAGAAGACUUCAAUCACUGAUGCUGUUGACAAACUGAAGUUGAGUUCUGAAGAGGAAGUGCAGUGUCCUGAGAUAUUUUCUGGGGACAUUAUCAGUGAUCGUAAGAGCCACUUCCAGCCUCAUCUUGCUGCAGUUAGGUCCACAGCAGAAGUGAAUGCUGUAUUAAGAAAACUGUACCAGAAUAAGAAGGUGGCCAAUGCCACACACAACAUGUAUGCUUACCGAUUCACCCCUGAAGGCUCUUCUAACCUACAUCAAGAUUGUGAAGACGAUGGUGAGGACCAUGCUGGUGGACGGAUGCUUCACCUUCUUCAAAUUGUAGAUGCCCAGAAUGUCUUGGUUGUGGUCUCAAGAUGGUUUGGGGGCAUCCUUCUGGGGCCUGACAGAUUCAAGCAUAUAAACAAUGCUACAAGGCAGAUACUUGAAAACUGUGGAUAUAUAAAGCAUCACGAAAGCACUAAAAGAAAUAAAAAGACAAAGUAGCAAAAUGUUUUGAUUGCAACCUUUAUAUAUUUUGUUAAUCAGGAAGGCACAAUCCCUGUUAACAAAUAUAUACUUAGUAUACCUAAAAAAAAAUGGAAAAAAGAGAAAUCUAUCAGUGUGUGUGUGUGUGUGUAUGUAUGUAUGUAUGUAUGUAUGUAUGUAUGUAUGUAUGUAUGUAUGUGUGUAUAAAAGGCUAUUUGGAUUUGACCUUAAACAGUGGUGAACAGGAGUGAUAGUUAACGUAAGUACGGCUCACAACACCAGUUAUGGUAAAACGCGCGGACGUCUCUUAGGUUAGUGCUGAGUGCGGGAGGUCGCGGUGGUCAGCCCCCGCGGGGCAGAAGUGACCUGUGCCCCUCCCGCCUGAAGCCAUAGGCCGGGCGGCCUAUCUUGACUGGACAAGCGCUGGACAGGAAUUCUCCCGACCUGGGUCACCUUGGCCUUAAAUACCCGGGAGUGGCGCCUUAGAUUUGCCUCAAGGGUGACCCAACUUGGCUGGUUCUGACUUGCUAAUCACUUCAUUCUCGCGUGUGCUGUUCCUGGUGCAUUUUCGUGGCUGCUCGUUUUUGUUGUCAUCUUCAUCCUGGUCCCUGUCAAAUCCGUCCGUCCACGACAUCCACACGUCCUCGAAGGUCUCGCACAGGUCCUCCUUGACUACGGACUUGUCCAGACUUCUUCGUAGUCCUCGUCCAGGCCUACCUCGGCGGCUUACUCGCCCAAUGCACGUGUCCGCAGAUCUCGUCCAGGUCCUUAUAUACGUCCUCAUAGUCUUUGUCAGGA